GGAUGGUAGUAUUUAGUCCUUGAAGUCUGAAGGGUAUGUUUUUAUCUUUAGAUGAUUUAAAUGGUGCCAAAGACUUGCUUUACAGUGACAGAAAUGCCCUUGUAUUCAGAGCUGUUAGAUCAAGACCACAGGAUCUAUGUUCUACGAUUAUACAACAUGCUAAUUAUACAGAACUAGCGAAGAAUCCUCUGUGCCAUGCAAAGCCGCAACUACCACGCUGGAUUCGUUGGAUACCACCUGCGGAGGGCUUUUGCAAGUUGAAUUCGGAUGGAUCCUAUAGCAGUGUUGAGAAAGCUGCUAGCGCCGGGGGCCUAAUUCGGGAUUCCUUAGGGAAUUGGCUCAUAGGAUUCACAGUCAAUAUUGGGCAUGCUUCUAUCUUUAUAGCUGAGCUUUGGGGAAUGAGAGCAGGACUACGUUUAUACCGUGAGCUGGGGUUCACUAGAGUGAUUGCUGAGAUGGAUUCUCUUAUGGCUGUUCGGUUUGUCAAUGAGAGAAGAGAGCCAGAUAAUCUAGCUGCUGCACUCCUGUCAGAUAUUAGGGACUUGAUGGCACAGUUUGAAUCUUGAAUGUUGCAACACGUCUUACGGGAAGGGAAUGCUGCAGCUGAUUUUCUUGCUUCCCUUGGACACACAUCACCCCCAGGCUUAAGUAUCUUAGACUCACAACCGACUGGUCUUCGACCUAUCCUUCUAGGGGAUCAGAUGGGGGCUAGUUUCCUCAGACUCUAGUUUUGCUGUUUCUUAGCUUUCUCACUGAUGUACCGAAAAAAAAAACACCUUUUAUAACUUUGAACUAUUGAUUCCUUUUGGGACAUAAUAAUAGACUUUUGAUUUC